AUGCUUCCAUUACGACGUACGCCAUGUUUUUCUCGAGCCAUUCGCCACGCCAUACCCACCCAUCAAGUGCGAUGCUAUACCCAUUCACGAGUACCGAACUAUGAUGGCUGGUGGACACUCAUUCUCAAUCGAAAAGCACCUUCUUCUCUUCAGCAACAAGAAACACAUCCUCAUGAGCAACGGAAACCGUUAGCUAUUCCAACCCAAGACAUAGCAUCACCAACACCACCACCAUCAUCAUCACCACCCGCAGCAAAGGUCUAUGUAACACUCAAAGGCAAGCCUAUCGAACUUCCUGAGAAGCCACCACCGCCUGACAAUUGUUGUAUGAGUGGAUGCGCUGUAUGUGUAUGGGAUCUUUAUGAAGAGGAUAUGCAAGAAUAUCAGGCCAAGAAACAAGAGAUCCGGGACAUGUUUGAACAGGAGGGUGAACCAUUACCAGCACCAUUGAAGCGAUCCAACAAGUCAGUUGUAGAAGAAAUGGAGGAUGAGAUGGAUCCAACCAUGAAGGCGUUUCGAGCCAUGGAACGGAAACUCAAAGGAUAG